ACACGGGAAGUUUGGGGAGAGCCAAACAGACCAACGGAAAGCCAACCUGCCACCGCGGUGCAUGCUGGGUGAUAUUGAGGCAGGGUAGCAGCAGCAGCAGCAGCCGGCUGACUCAACCUUCAGUUUCUGCUUCAGUUUCAGGCGUCCUGCUCCCUUCUGCUGCCUCCAUCUGACAACAUAUGGACGGCUCUGUCUUUAACUGAGUCAUGGACAUCAACGGACAACAUCCCACGGUGUAGCCAGGAGGAUUCGUCGUUUUGCCGGAGAGUCAUGGAGCCCGACGUGAUCCGCAUGUACUCCUCGUCUCCGCCCCCGAUGGAGGACGCCGCGGAGGAAGAGGACAACGAGUUUGGGGACUUCGGCACCUUCUCUAGCGUCCCGAACAGCAUCAGCUUCACGGAGUUCGACACCCCGACCACUUUCAACCAGAGCCAGGCUUUGACCGCCACCUCCCCGCCCGAGCUCCUCCUCAACAACGGACUCAGCCGCGGCACGUCUAACGGCACCCGCGCCCCGAACAACGAGCUGUCCAAGGCUAACGGCGUUGUGCCGGCGAGCCACUUGGGCGGCAGUCCCCCAGAAAGAACUGAGACCAAAAAGGCGCUCUCCUCCGGCUCUCUGGGUUUCUCCGUGAGCGACACGGACUGCAACGGCGGAGGCACAGAGGUGCUAACGAACGGGUUCGCAACCUCUGACGUUCAGGGAAGCCCGUCCUCGCAGAAUUCUGUCCACUCGCAUAUAAAAGGAACGUCCACUGAGGACACGGGCAGCAUCCCAGAAGACGAUUUUGCAGACUUUGCUGCUUUUUCCGAUGCCGAAGGACACGUCAGCCACACGGCAAACGAGGACUCGGACGAUCCCACGGCGGGCAGCUCCGCCUGCCGCGACGAGGACCGUAACGUAGAACAGGGAACGACUUCACAGGACAAUGUCAGGGACACAAACACAAACAGAACUGGACCCAACGCGCCCAACGGCUCUGAUUCCGUAUCUGUCCCGGCUGCUGAGGCUCCGGGCGGCUCGUGCAACACGGACCGGGGCUCCCACGCGGACGCCGACUGUCGACAAAGGGACGGAGCCUUCGCACAGGAGCGCUUAGCCUCGGAGGAAGUAUGCACUAACAGGCCGCUCGCUCUGAACGGGGCGGGCUUAGCCGACGGCGGCGAUUCCACAGACGCGACGGGCUACAGUGAAAAAGACCUCUCGUCGCCCGACGCGGCCGGGCAGUCGGACGGGAAGGGCUCCGGUAACGAGACCGAGACAGAAACGGAGACGGAGACUUCGUUGGGCCGGCCCCUAUCCACAGACGCUCUGGAAGAGUUCGGCGACAUGAGCACCACUGGGUCGGCGCCCUCUCCGCUCCUCCAGGGCGAGACGGCCACGCCCGGCGAGCUCAGCCAGCUGGCAGAGGACGACGAGGACGAAGACUUCGGGGACUUUGGAGACGCAGGCUCGUUCAGCGGUCGGGGCUUCGCAGACUUCGACCAGCUGGACGUCCAGCCGGAGCAGAGCCGGCUGGAGCAGAGCCGGCCGGACAGUCCCGCUCGGUCGCGGGAAGCCGCAAACGCCAAGGAGGAGGAAGACGACGACUUCGGCGACUUUAACUCCCCGAAACUUCACGCUGGUGACGACGGGGAGGAUGGCGGAGAGUUUGCGGACUUCCCCGUCAGCGACAGUUUUGGGAAUUUCAGCUCGGCGGCGGAAGGGGCGGACGGCGAGGCGGGCGCAGGGUGGAGCGCGUUCGGGGAGCAGCAGGCGAAGGACGGCGAGUCCUGGGCGGCGUUCAGCACAGAGCAGAGCGUUGCUCCUCCGGCAGAGAGCCGAGGGGAGGAAGAGGAGGAGGAGGAGGAGGAGGAGGAGUUAGAGGAGGAGUGGCAUCAAAGUGAACAUCCAGCAGUCAGCGAGGAAACCAGCACGACAGACAGACAGUCGGCAUCGCUGUCGAGCCGACUGGAGAAGCUGUUUCAGGGCAGCUUCCCUCCGACCGCCGCGCCCUCGGUGGAGGAGGACGUGGCGUCUCUGAGGAUCCUGCUGGGACCGCCGGAGGAAACGCCACGGCCAGGAGGAGCCGAGGAGGAGGCAGAGACGUCGCCGUGCAACAGGUCGGUACGUGGCGGCGUGUGGACGCAGCUUCAGGACAUCCACGAGGCGCUCGGCCUCCGAUACCAGUGGGGGGGCUCCUACUGCAACAAAGCGCUACUCUGCUGCCUGGGCAUCGACACCCGAAACAUCCUGUUCACGGGACAGAAGAAGCAGCCGGUCAUCGUGCCCAUGUACGCCGCCAGCCUGGGGAUGCUGGAACCAACCAAAGAGCCUGUGAAGCCCGUCUCUGCAGCAGAGAUGAUCGCUUCGAUAGCGCAGGCGCCUCCGGUGGCUCCAGAGAAAAGCUCCUGUCCCUCAGACUCCGUUCAGCAGGAGGCGCUCCCACCCGUCCAGUUUGACUGGAGCAGCAGUGGCCUUACCAACCCUCUGGAUGCGAGCGGAGGCUCGUCUCUGUUAAAUCUGGAUUUCUUUGGUCCUGUGGAGGAUUCAGGCUCCAGCAGUUCACCCUCCAUCCCAGGAGUUGACCCCGAGCUGUACGAGUUGACGACGGCCAAGCUGGAGCCGGGCAGCUCGGGCAGCCGGGUGGCCGAUGCCUUCGCCCGCCUGAUGUCCACCAUGGAGAAGACCAGCACCUCCACCAGGAAGCCGAGGAAAGAGGAGAAUCUGAGCGACGAGGCGGCCAAAGUGAUCGCCUGUCUGCCCGACCUUUCCUUCAUGCAGGCCAAAGUGCUGAUGUUUCCCGCCAUGCUGACGCCGCUCAGCUGCCAGGCCACGCCGGACGGAAGCCCCGCCCCUUUCUCCUGA